CUGGACGGUGGCGGUGGUGUCUGGUCUCACUGGACGGUGGCGGUGGUGUUACUGGUCUCUCUCUGGACGGUGGCGGUGGUGUUACUGGUCUCUCUCUGGGCGGUGGCGGUGGUGUCUCUGGUCUCACUGGAUGGUGGCGGUGGUGUAACUGGUCUCUCUCUGGACGGUGGCGGUGGAGUCUCUGGUCUCUCUGGACGGUGGCGGUGGUGUCUCUGGUCUCACUGGACGGUGGCGGUGGUGUCUCUGGACGGUGGCGGUGGUGUCUCUGGUCUCUCUCUGGACGGUGGCGGUGGUGUCUCUGGUCUCUUCUGGACGGUGGCGGUGGUGUUACUGGUCUCUCUCUGGACGGUGGCGGUGGAGUCUCUGGUCUCUCUGGACGGUGGCGGUGGUGUUACUGGUCUCUGGACGGUCGCGGUGGUGUCUCUGGUCUCUGGAAGAUUGCGGUGAUCUCUCUGGUCUCUCUAGACGGCAGCGGAGGUGUCUCUGUUUUUUCUCUGGACGGUGGCGGUGGUCUCUUGUCUCUCUGGAUGGUGGCGGUAGUGUCUCUGGUGUCUGGGCGGUCGCAGUAGUGUCUCUGGUCUCUCUCUGGACGUUGGCGGUGGUCUCUGGUCUCUGGAUGGUGGCGGUAGUGUCUCUGGUGUCUUUGGGCGGUCGCAGUAGUGUAUCUGGUCUCUCUCUGGACGUUGGCGGUGGUCUCUGGUCUCUCUGGAUGGUGGAGGUGGUGUCUCUGGGCGGUCGCAGUAGUGUCUCUGGUCUCUCUCUGGAUGGUGGCGGUGGUGUCUCUGGGCGGACGCAGUCGUGUCUCUGGUCUCUCUCUGGACGGUCGCAGUAGUGUAUCUGGUCUCUCUCUGGAUGGCGGCAGUGGUGUCUCUGGGCGGUCGCAGUAGUGUCUCUGGUCUCUCUCUGGACGGUGGGAGGUCUCUGGUCCCUAACCUUAGCUUCUCCCUUCACAAAUUUGCAAAUAUUUGGGUUGUGCGGACAACACACUCUAAACCUUGUUAACACGGUCGUGCUGUCAGGAUAACUUCCAUCCCACUCUCAAGUCGUGACGAUGGAUCCCCUUGUCUCUCUGUUCCCGUCCCUCUCUUACGGGAUGAGUGAUGACCUUCCGCGGUGAGGAUGGGUGGCCAAGGAGGCGCCAAGUCCCAGUCCUCCCAUUACUCACCCACACACCGCCGGGUCAAUACCCUCCUCCCAUGUCUUCCUCGAAACAGGCUGUGAAAUCAUGUGACUUGUUCAGUAGAACUUCAUGCAUCCAGUAUUCAAGUUCAGCCCAAUGCCGCCCACAGCUAUGAUGAGCUUGAUCAGUCGGGGGAGGAGAGCCUGGGAGCUUCUGGUUCAUUUGAGGGCAUUGCAUCGCUGAAGAAGGUAACAAUGAGGAUUCUAUGGAUCUGAUGUGUCAAAGGGGGGACAUAAUGCCACCAGCUGUGAGUGGGAUUAGCCAUUGCAAGCAGUUUUUCCUGUGGAAUCUGCCUUUUGCUGUAUUUAAGUGACGUCACAUGUGGGGUGGUCCAUCUAGAUGUACGCUGGAUAGUUCAGCCUACCUGCUUAUCUACCCAUCAUACAUCUAUGGGGAAACGCCCACUUGUUAUGGCACUAAUGGGAGUAAAAGGCAGAUUUUCAAACGGUUUUAAAUGGCUAAUCACUCACCCCUGGGGUGAGUGUCAAUUCCAGUCUGAGACUUUACACACUCUGCUUUUACCACACUUAAAAGUUCCUAAAUUAGCUUGUUACAUUAAACUAUUUUUGUAUUGUAUUGCUCAUGUUCAAGUAAAAAGGAACCAAAAAGGAUUGUUGCACUAAAAUUGUGAUUUACUUUAUUUGUCAACAGUCAUAUGUUGCUAUGCACUACUGUAGGCAACCGGCUGUGUUGUAUUCAGGCUACUUAUCUCAAAUCUAAGUUACUCACCUUUGUGUGUGUGCCCGAGUGCGUCAAUGAAUACAUGGCAUCCCUAUAAUAGGAGCGUAAUGGAUGGAAGAAAAGCAACUUACCACUGGGGGGCAGUAGUGGGUCAGUGAAAACUGUUAGCAUUGCAGCAUAAAAAACAUCAAGGGAGGGAUGUGGCGAUACGAAAACAGCCACAAGUGAAAGUGAAUAUUAGGUGCAUCCGUAUGAAAGGUGGCCCUAUGCACUCCAUUAAUAGUAUAACGCUAGAUCAUAUUCAAAUGUAUUCAGAAUAAACAACCAUGUCAAUCUUCUGCUCCCCUCAUCCCCCUCCAAUAUGAUUUGGUUUUCCUUAUUUUUUGUUGUGUUGCAUCCAGAGACAGCAUCCUCCAAAGAGAGACAAGAGACACCACCGCAACCAUCCAGAGAGAGACCAGCGACGCCAACGCCCCCAUUGAGAGAGAGAUCAGAGAAACCCCCGCCCGUCCAAAGAGGGACCAGAGAGAGACCCGAAACCGCCGCCACUGUCCAGAGAGAGACCAGAUACCACCGCCACUGUCCAGAGAGAGACCAGCGACCUCCGCGACCGUCCAGAGAGAGACCAGUGAGAGACCAGAGAUCACUGCCACCGUUCAGAGACCAGAAACGCCGCCAGCACCGUCCAGAGAGAGACCUGAGACACCACUGCCACCGUCCAGAGAGACCAGAGACAACACCGCCACCAUCGAGAGAGAGAGAGAGAGAGAGAGAGACCAGAGAAACCAAUGCCCUGUCCAAAGAGAGACCGGAGACACCACCAUCCAGAGAGAGAUCAGAAACCACCGCCACCGUAGAGAGAGAGAGACCAGUGAGAGACCAGAGAUCACUUCCACCGUCCAGAGAGAGACCAGAGACACCGCCGCCAACGUCCAGAGAGAGACCAGAGACAACAGAGUGUGGCUGUCUGAGUGUGUUGUUCUGUCCUCCUGCCUCCCUGCCCCGCCUCUCCAGGCUCCUCCCCUCCAGGCUCCUCCCCUCCCUGCUCCGCCUCUCCAGGCUCCUCCCCUCCAGGCUCCUCCCCUCUGGCCACUUUCACACACAAUUCCAAAAGGACGUCUUUUCGGGAUCAAUUGCUUGGUCACUCUGCAAAAGAUUAUGCUACCCAAUUUCACAAACGAAAAAUACACACAUACACACACACACGCACGCACACGCGCACGCACACACACUCACUGUCUCCAUCCCGCUAGAUACACCUGAUGAAUGGCUCCACUUGUGGAGAUCUUUCAGAUAUGACUUUACAAAACAAAGACAAUAUACGGCUGUAAUAAUAUAAAGAUAACGGAUGAAAGGCAAUAAACGCACACGGUUAGGAAAAGUGCAGAUGCUUGAACUGACAAACAGCAGUUGAGGCGUUCUGCUUGUAGACAUAAACAAAGGACUCCUUUAAUACCUUUAAAUUGUACACCUCUUCACUCCUUGAUGGCUGGGGAGGGCCGAAGGGACACGGCUGGUUGUGGUCUCCCUCACUGGUGGGCGAGGAGGGCCCCCCCGGGGCCGA